AUGAGAGUCUGGCGGUCCGCAUCAUGCGCCAUCCCGACGAUUGAGGCCGCGUGCAAGCGUCCCCUUUCAACCUCACGUGCCCUUCGACAACAUCAAAUCAACAUCGCGGAUUUGCUUCAAAGGAAUGUCGAGUCGGAGUCGGUCAAGGUCAAUGGCUGGAUCCGGUCGGUGAGGAAGCAGAAGAGAGUCGCAUUUGCCGCUGUGGGAGAUGGCUCAACGAUCGAUCCGUUGCAGGCUGUAUUGAAGCCGGAACAGGCGGCGGAUUUGUCGUACGGAUCCGCUGUGCGGCUUACUGGAUCAUGGCAGGCCUCAAUGGGAGGCAAGCAAAGCCACGAGCUGCAGGUCACCGAUGUCGAGAUUCUGGGUACCAACGAUGCUGAGAACAAUCCCAUUCAACCAAAGUAUCAGACUCCGGAGUAUCUACGAACGAUACCACAUCUUCGACCUCGCAUCCCAGCGAACGCACUGCUGUUGCGACUACGAUCACAGGUCAUCGCAACGAUCACGCGAUUCUUCAACGAUGAAGGCUUCGUACAGACUCACACUCCGAUCAUCACAUCAUCAGACUGCGAGGGUGCUGGCGAAGUCUUCACUGUGUCGUCCAACGCAGCAAAAGACUCCGAGCAGAAGUCAAAGCCAGGUGACAAAACCGAAGUAGAGCACUUCUUCCGAACGCCCAAGUAUCUCACCGUGUCUGCCCAGCUGCACCUCGAAGCUCUGGCCCACGCUGUCAGUAAAGUCUGGACUCUAUCACCCACUUUUCGGGCAGAGAAGAGCGAUACUCCCAGACACUUGAGCGAGUUCUACAUGCUAGAAGCCGAGAUGUGUUUCGUCGACGACAUGUCAUCCGUCAUGGACCUGGUAGAAAGCAUGCUGCGAGCUACAGCCGUCGAAUUACAGUCCUCAAAACUUGGCGAGGAACUCCUCCGCUCAAGAACAGUAGCCAUCAAAGACGAGCCACAGUCCGAAGAGCACCUCGUAAACGCCGACACCCUGCAGACCCGCUGGAAUGGAAUGGCGUCCCUCAGCUGGCCACGCAUCACCUAUGCACAAGCGAUCUCAACCCUACAAGAAGCCGCAUCAAACGGCCAACACUUCACUUUCUCUCCAACACUCCAAGAUGGCCUCCAAGCCGAACACGAACGCUACCUCGCCCAAGUCGUCGGCGAAGGCAAACCCGUCUUCGUGACCGACUAUCCCGUCGCUCAAAAACCAUUCUACAUGCCUCCCUCUUCCCUCUCCACCAAUAGCGCCGGCACGUCCGACACAGCUGCUUGCUUCGACCUGCUCGUUCCCGACCUGUGCGAAUUGGUAGGAGGCUCAAUGCGUGAGUAUCGUGCAGACGCUCUACAGCAGGCGAUGCAGGAUAAAGGUGUGGCAGGAGGUGGGUUGGAGUGGUACCAGGAUCUGAGGAAGUUUGGGAGCGUGCCGCAUGGUGGGUUUGGGUUAGGGUUUGAUCGGUUGUUGUGCUAUCUUAGCGGGACGGGCAGUGUGAGGGAUGUGGUGGCUUUCCCACGGUGGGUGGGGAGGUGUGAGUGUUGA